CAAUAAUAAACAUGUCACUCUCCACAGUUCUCCCACUAACAACUACACCCCACCACCAUCAACUACCUAACCUAAAGCAAAGCUGCUUCACUUCACUUCUUUUCUUAUUUAACCUAAACAUUCUCUUCUUUUUCACUCAUUCACAUUCUACAUGAGAAGAGAGACACCAACACUGUACUAGACUGCAAAAAUGGAGCUUCAGGACACUGCUGCAACUCGUGUCUCAAUUGGAUUUCCUCUCGGAUUAGCCCUUCUCUUUGUCUGCUUACUCUUCAUUUGUGGCUUUUUCUGCUGCUGCUUGCAUUGGACUAAGCUUCAAUCUUUCCUUCACUCUCAUGGGAUCAUCAAUACUCAAUCUUUGCAACAGACUCAAAUGCAAUCAGAGUUAGCUUCCCCCUUCCACAAACCAGCUUUUCCUGUUGUGAUGAUGAAGCAGAAUUAUGCAGAGAGUUUGCCUGUGCUGAUGCCAGGGGAUGCUGUUCCAAAAUUCAUUGCCACAGCAUGCCCUUGUCAACCUCCAAGAGAUGAAAGGAUCACAAUCCAUGUGCAGAAGGAACCAUCCACUGAAUUUUGCAGUAGCAACUGAUACAGUUUAUGGUUUCAACUUUCAAGACAAAGCCUUGAACAAUUUAGGUGGAAUAUAUAUAUAUAUAUAUAUAUAUAUAUAUAUAUAUAUAUAUAUAUGAAUAAGAAUAUAUAUAUAAAUAUAUGUUGGAACUUCUCACACAGGCUAAAACUCUUUGAUAUAGCUUUGUGAGGAGUGAGAUGUUGGAACAAGCAUGCAAGAAGGUGCCAUGAAAUUAUUUGAUAACUUUGUGCUGAGUGAGGUGAUACUGAUACACCAUGAAGACUGAAGGUGCUGUAAGAUAAAGAGUCUCAAACCCAUUUGAUUUUUUUUUUGUCAGAAUGGGAAGAAAAGGGAUGAA